UAAAUAUUUUUGCUCAAAUUAUUUGUCGAUUGUGUUCAAGUAUAAUUUCUGAUAGCUUUCUAUACCUAAAUAUUAGGGAGAUUUACGUCUCGCUAAUAUAAUUUUUUUUUAAUUCCAUAGAAGAAAAAACAUAAGAACCCAUCUUUGUAGCUCAGCGUCAAUGUCGAUAUUGUUAGCCCGAAAACAUUACCUGAUUUCAAUUUCAGGAACUUGAAGUUGUGCUUGCCACUUCAGGAACAAGGGUCAACGAGUGGCUUGGAAGUUAAAAGAGACAAUCAAUAAUUUGGGACAGAGAAAGAGACAACAUUUGAUGGCAGCCAUUCAUGUAGUUAUUGUGUUUCUGUUAUGCACUUCCCUCUGUACCGUGGUGAAGUGUGAUGCUUAUGCUCAAGAGAUUCUGAGUUCAGCCCAGAAGGAAAAAGAUUGGUUGGUUUCAGUGAGAAGAGAGAUUCAUCAACACCCAGAAUUGGCUUUCCAAGAACACAACACAAGUGCUCUUAUCCGCAGUGAACUUGACAAACUUGGUAUACCUUAUACAUAUCCAGUUGCUAAAACUGGUAUUGUUGCUCAAAUUGGUUCUGGUUCUUCUCCCAUCAUCGCUAUUCGUGCUGAUAUCGAUGGACUCCCUUUGCAGGAACUUGUUGAGUGGGAAUACAAGAGCAAAAUUGAUGGCAGAAUGCAUGCUUGUGGACAUGAUGCUCAUGCUACUAUGCUAUUAGGGGCUGCAAAGUUGCUCAAUCAGCGCAAAGAUAAGCUUAAGGGAACUGUGAGACUUCUUUUCCAACCUGCUGAGGAGGGAGCUAGAGGUGCCUCACAAAUGAUAAAAGACGGAGUUCUUCAAGAUGUUGAAGCAAUUUUUGCUGUUCAUAUUGAUGCUACAACAUCUACUGGAGCUAUAGCAUCGAUUCCAGGGCCUUUUACAGCUGCUGGAUGCAUCUUUGAGGCAAAAAUUGAAGGCGUAGGUGGUCAUGCUGCAUUCCCCCACCAGACUGUAGAUCCACUGCUGGCUACAUCAUUGGCAAUAUUGGCACUGCAACAACUUGUCUCAAGAGAAAUCGAUCCUCUUCAUAGUCAGGUACUGUCUGUUACUUAUAUCAAAGGAGGAGAUGCAUUAAACGUGAUCCCAUCAUAUGUAAAAUUUGGAGGUACUCUAAGGAGCCAGACAACGGAAGGCAUGUACCAUUUCAGACAGCGACUAAAAGAGAUAAUUGAAGGACAGGCAAGUGUGCACAGAUGUAAUGCAUAUGUUGAUUUCAAAGAAGAGGCCUUCACGCCAUAUCCUGCUGUUGUCAAUGACAAAGAUUUACAUCUGCAUGUUGAGAGAGUUGGCCGGCUUAUGCUUGGUCCAGACAAUGUCCAUGAAGCCAAGAAGGCGAUGGUAGGCGAAGACUUUGCAUUUUAUCAAGAAGUAAUUCCUGGAGUUUUGUUUUCCAUUGGAAUCAGAAAUAAGAAAGUAGGAUCAAUUCAUUCCCCACACUCCCCAUUUUUCUUUCUUGAUGAGGAAGCUCUUUCAAUUGGAGCAGCUCUGCACACUGCUGUUGCUGAAUUGUAUCUAAAUGAGCACAGUAUUUAGUAAAACUCCUUUUGUUAUUACUGAUGUAUCAUGUAUGUACUUAAGAUUCUGUAUAUUCGAA